CGGCGUUGACAGCGCGCCAUUUCUCUCGCCGCCGACGCCACCAUGUCACCGCUCGCCUGCUCGCUGCUCGCGCUUGCCGCGCUGAUCGCCGCCGCCGACGCCUUGAAACCGAACCCUUAUUGCAGUUACCUGGAAAUGGGUCAAACAGAAGGCUAUCCAACAGAUAACUAUGUGGAGUUUACGCUAAACGUUGCUGGUGGCACCAUCACCAUUCCUGAUAAAUGUACCAGACUAGGAAACAUGAUUAUCGGCGAGGCUAUCAGCGUAUGUAAUACGCCCAACUCCAAGCCAGAAAUCACUCCAGCAUUGCAGACGGAAUAUCAAUUCAAACCGAACCUCGGUUCAGUGCACAUCGAGUGUCCUAGCGACAUCGAUGGCUGUGAUCGUCUCGAUGUUGAGAUAACGCAGUAUUGUUCAAUGGUCACUGCAAAUCAUAUUUUUAGUUGAGCAGAGCCCCACCUCCGUCUAAGGUAUCUUUGCACCGACUUGAAUAGACAAAGUGAGAGUGUCAUUAUAAGCGUCAUAUUUUCAUAGAAAUAUGACAUGAAUUAUUAUACUCCACAUUUUGUCAUUGUAAAUGCUUUGCAAAUUUACCUUGCGGACUAUAACAAGCAAAAUUUUGUGACUGGAAUUGAGUUUUUGACAAAAAAUAAAAACAAGAAAAAUGUAA